UGUCGCCACUCACAUAAACCAUUACAGAUGCAUCGAAGCUAAAGAGAGAGAGAGAGAGAUUGAAUUCGUUGCUAUUCAGGGUUGGAAUUCAAUCCCAUUCCUGUUCUGCUGCUCUGCUCUCACCAUGAUCGGGGCAGCGCAAUAGGAGAGAAAAGAGAGUUUUUGAUUUUCAUUUUCUUGUGAUGUCUCUGAGAAUAAAAGCAGUGGUUGAUAAGUUCGUGAAGGAAUUGAAGGAAGCUUUGGAUGCGGACAUACAGGACAGGAUUAUGAAGGAGAGGGAGAUGCAAUGCUACAUCGAGGAACGCGAACGCGAGGUCGCUGAGCGAGAGGCCGCCUGGAAAGCCCAGCUUUCUCGCCGUGAGGCUGAGAUUGCCCGACAAGAAGCAAGGCUUAAGAUGGAAAGAGAGAACCUUGAAAAAGAGAAAAGUGUACUGAUGGGAACAGCAUCAAGUCAGGAUAACCAAGAUGGGGCUCUGGAAAUAACAGUAAGUGGGGAAAAGUAUCGCUGUCUCCGUUUUGCAAAGGCAAAGAAAUGAACUGCAGUUGACAAAGAAAGCCCGCAAUCACUAUCUGAAGCCCUGAAGGCUAGAUGCGCUCUGAGUUAUGACUCUGGCCAGCAACAACCCGACCAACUCAGCUGGGGUUGUCUCAAAUGAUUGCUGUCUAACUGUACGCAUUAUGGGAAAAGUUUAACGUUGUGUCGGUCUAAGUUAACUACAGGACUUAUGAAGUUGUCCACAAGUUUUGCCUUGGGUUCCAUUCAAAUCUAAAAUGAUGAAAGCCAAGAUUUCAAGAGUCAGACUCGUGCAGGUAAUAAUGAAUUUGAAGAGGGCUGUUGUAUGGUAGCAAGCAAUAGCUGUUUCUCUACUGGUAGUGAUAAAAGAAAGUGACAUCCCAUAACUGAGAAAGGGGAGAAGAAAGUGAUGACUCAUCCAUUUGCUAAAAAGCUAAUAAUACCUUUGAUGCUUCA